GCGGGGAUUCCGUCCUCGCAGCGCAGAGCAGUUGAAGUGGCAGAAACCUCAUAUUCGGCAUUACCGAGGCCCUUCUGAUUCAAAUUCACCCUGCUAGACAAAAUGGUGAAGUUCGCGAAACAAUUGGGAGUUUCCCUCCUUCUCCUCUUCUCCGCUGUUGUUGCCGAGGAGGCAGUCGCGGAUGAACCUCAGCAGCUGUACAAUGCUUCCAUGCACGUCCCGCAGGAGGGCAUCCUGAGUACCCGCGAUCUGUUUGGUCUGGAGGCUAGAGCUUAUACGUGCCGUGCUGGAUACUCGGAGUGCGCUUACGACACUUCGCGCUGUUGCCCUACCGGCAAUAGCUGCUGCGGAACUGGCUACUGUGCGGACCCUGGUGACACUUGCUGUAACGGCGGCGGUACCUGUCCUAGCGGAUGGAACUGCUGUGGCGAUGCGUGCUCGCCUGUUGACGGAGAGUGCUGCAAUGGUGGAUACUACUGCCGCGCUGGCAAGCAUUGCCGCAUCUACAACGGCGCGAAGGUCUGCUGCGCCUCGUCUGGUUGUGCCGGAGAAUCUGAUUCUGGGAGUCUGGGAGGCACCGUCACGGCCGGUGCUACUGUGACUGCUACCACGACUUCGAGGACCACCUCUACCCGUACCCGUACCUAUGCGGACUAUGAGUACUACUCUACGACUUAUUACUGGACUUUCUACUUCUACUUCUGGACCUCGUUCGCCCCCUACACUGUCCAGACAGUCACCUCGACUCUCACUACAACCACGACUAUUUUGUCCGUGUACGUGACCGACCGUGCUGAUGCUAGCUCAAGCUUCUCGAGCAGCAUCAGCGCCUUCACUGCGUCUCCUCCUUACUCGGCUACUUCCCUCAAGAGCUCGACGAGCCCAGUCCCGAUUCACACCGGAGCAUCUGCCCCAACUGGCUCUACUUCGUCCAACCAAGGAGGAAACCGUCCCGGUGGUGCCAACGCUGCAAGUGUUGUAGCCGCCGAUAUCAAGGUUAUCUUGACGGGUACUAUUUUGGCGGCUCUGGUUGGUGGUCUGGCUCUGGGGCUGUGACCCUAAUUCAAUGUCCAAGCAGCUCUUGAGACUUGAUUUCGCGAGGUGUCGCAGGGAGCUGUGAUAUAAUGAGAUUUCUUAAUGUUGUACAUGUGUGAUGGACUAUAAUACUUUUUUAAAUGGACUAUACCUCAACUUCUCAUUCUUCUCUGGUUUAAUCAAUUUGAGUAGAGAGAAACUUUAGGGUUAUGCUGUCGUUGUGAGACUAUUAUUUCGAGACACCUAAGCUAACACGAAGGGGUCGUGGUAUG